AGCUAUGCCUAUGAAAUUGGAAGAGCAGCGAAACAAAGCUUCCAUUUUGCAGCGAGCAAGAGAGAACCACAAUGAUUCUAACACGUUCCGCUUUGAAUUUGAUGCUCCAUCUCCACAAUCCUCAAACUCCCUUCCAAUUCUUCAACCACCAUGCUUCCACUUUUCUUCUCCGCACCACCACCACUUCUCUCCUCAAAGCUCGCUUCUUUUCUUCAACCCCUGUAGCAGCAACAGCAGCGUCAUCAUCUGCGCAAAGUUCAGAGGGUAGAGACACUUUCUUUGCUGAGGAUAACGUUUCGUGGAGCUCACUUGGUCUCUCUGAUACCCUUUCUCGUGCUCUCUCUAACAUUGGCCUCAGUAGACCCUCUCUCGUUCAGGCUUCUUCAAUACCAUCUGUGCUUUCUGGAAAGGAUGUGAUUAUUGCAGCAGAGACCGGCAGUGGUAAAACAUACAGUUAUCUAGUUCCUCUAUUUGAUAAGCUAAGGGACACCCAUGAACAUUCUCAACACAAUGUAUCUGAUCAAGAAGUUCCUCUGCCCCAAAAGAAUGUUUUCCUCGUUCUUUGUCCAAAUGUACAGCUUUGCGAGCAGGUAGUCAGGAUGGCUAAUAGUCUAUGUGGAGACAAUGGUGAACCAAUUGUUAGCGUGGCAGCAAUUUGUGGCAGACAGGGAUGGCCAAUUCGUGAGCCUGAUAUAAUUGUGACAACACCUGCUGCCCUUCUGAAUUAUGUAGACACUGAUAGAAGCCGCCGCAUGGAAUUUAUGCGUGGUGUUAAAUAUGUGGUCUUCGAUGAAGCUGAUAUGCUUCUUUGUGGGAGCUUCCAGAAUAAAGUGAUCCGCCUGCUAAACUUGCUUCGCUUUGAUGAAAAGCUCUUGUCCCGUGCAAAAGAAUCAACAGGAGAUUUACCAGAGAAACCAGAAUCUUCCUUGUCAGCAGAUGAUGCUUUGGAAGAUGAAGAGGAACAUCCUCCCGAGGCCAUGUCAGAAGAGGAUGAUGAUACUCAUGAGGAUAUUGUUGAUACUAAUAAUGAAGCUAAAUCUGUUAAACAAAAAGACUGGAGGAGGGUCAGGAAAACUUAUAAGCGCAGUAAACAGUAUAUUUUUGUUGCAGCUACACUUCCUGUUAAUGGAAAGAAAACAGCUGGAGCAAUGUUGAAACAUAUGUUUCCUGAUGCUACGUGGGUUAGCGGAAACUAUCUUCAUUGUCACAAUCCAAGGUUGGAGCAAAGAUGGGUUGAAGUUACGGUCGAGUCGCAGGUUGAUCAACUCAUAAAGGCUGUGCGUCAUCCCUUCAAGCCAACAGAUCUGGAUAAUGCUGGUGGCAUCCAGAGAACAAUGGUGUUUGCCAACACUGUUGAGGCUGUUGAAGCUGUGGCAAAGAUAUUGCUCCGAUGUGGGAUUGAGUGUUUACGCUAUCAUAAGAAUUGCACAUUGGAGGAGCGAGCGCAGGCCUUGGUUGAAUUUGAAGAGAAAGGUGGUGUUCUUGUAUGUACCGAUGCAGCUGCUCGUGGUGUGGAUAUUCCUAAUGUAUUACAUGUUAUUCAGGCAGAUUUUGCUACUUCUGCCGUGGACUUUCUGCACAGGGUUGGUCGUACAGCUAGAGCUGGUCAAUUCGGACUCGUUACUAGCAUGUAUACUGAAUCCAACAAGGAGCUUGUUCGUGCCGUUCGUCGAGCUGGAGAACUUGCUCAACCUGUGGAGGCGGCAUUUAGCAGGAAAAGAAGCUUCCGUAACAAACUCAAAAAGAGCGGUGCUAGCAAAGUCAGAGAUUCAGAAACUAUUAAAGAGAGUGUCGUAGCAUGAUAAUAAUGCAAAGGCCAUGUGAUACUCAAUAUCUAAAACAGCAAGCACCAAUGAAGUUCCAUUAAAGUUUAAUGUGUCAUAUGGCUGCAUGCCUCAAGAGUAAAUGCCACACAUGCAUGCAGCACCUAUUGAAGAAUCCCUACCAGCUUCUUGGGAAUUACAAAGUUAACCUUGAACUCCCAUCCAACGAGUUUAAUCAAUGCAAGACUUUAUUGGGAUCCAUAUUGUGGUCAGCUGGUCAUUCAUAAUGAGGAAAGAAAAGUGUCUAUUGAUCAAUUCUAGUUUUGUGGAAUGACCAAAUAUUUCCGCCAUUUUUGUUGUGUUUACUGUUUAGCAAGUAGUGGGAAGCAGUCUUUCAUGUAUUGCUAUACUUUCCUUAAUAAUGUAAAUCAUGAAGCGUUUGUUUUUGUUAAUCACUGAUUGUAACUCAUAUAGUAUUGUGGAUACAAAUAAGGUGGCAAUUGAAGGAAAACACUGGUGUAAAAAGUAAAAAUUAUACUAGAAAGCAACAAAAGCAGCAGAAUUUUGCUA